CCGAAAAAAAAACCUUCUCAUCUCAUUCACACAUCUUUUAUUGUUUUGUUUUGUCAUUAAUCACUGGUGUAAGAGAAUAUCCCAAAUCAAAUUGUCAUCAGAACGGUGAAGCUCCCAUCUCAUCAUCGACCCUUCUAAAACAACACUGUGCCUCAACCCGCAUGCGCUCGACCACUACAGUCUCAACUCUCGGGAGACUCGACCUACAUUGUUCGUUAUUUGUGAAUUUUACAGAGAAGGUGCAAAUAAUGAAGUUUGAGAAAGCAAGGCCCUUCAUGGCCAUUGUUUUCAUUCAGUUUCUGUAUGCAUUGAUGUCUAUAGUAGCGAAAAUAGCUUUGAACCAAGGGAUGAGCCCUCAUGUCUUAGUUGCUUACCGCAUGGCAGUUGCUGCAGCUCUCAUUACUCCUUUCGCUCUCGUUCUUGAGAGGAACUCAAGACCAAGGCUGACUUUCAAAAUCUUGUUACAAAUAUCCAUCCUGAGUUUAUUUGAGCCUGUGGUUGAACAAAACCUGUACUACUCAGGGAUGAAACUUACUACUGCCACAUUCACAUCGGCUUUGUGCAAUGCACUUCCUGCAAUGACAUUUAUAAUGGCUUGCAUUUUCAAACUCGAGAAGGUGAAUAUCAAAAGGCGUCACAGCCAGGCGAAGCUGGUGGGAACCAUGGUAGCUAUUGGAGGAGCAAUGCUCAUGACUUUCUUCAAAGGGAAUGUCAUUGAGUUGCCUUGGACAAGCAAGCCAUGGGGGAUUAUUGGGCAGUCACAUGCUAUGAAUACUCCAAAGCAGGAAGAUGUAGGAAAAGGAUCAGUUAUGCUUGUAGCAAGCUGCUUCAGUUGGUCAUGUUACAUCAUUUUACAGGCAAACAUUCUGAAUACAUAUAAUGCUGAGCUCUCGCUAACAGCACUUAUGUGCAUUAUGGGGAUGCUGGAGGCUAGUGUUAUAGCAUUGAUAUGGGAAAGGAAGAACAUGUCUGUCUGGAAAAUCCACCCGGACAUGAAGCUUUUAGCUUCGAUAUAUGGGGGACUUGUCUCAGGGUUAGCAUACUAUGCUAUUGGAUGGGCAUCAAAGAAGAGAGGCCCUGUGUUUGUGAGCGCAUUUAACCCCCUCAGCAUGGUCAUCGUUGCUAUACUGAGUUCCUUUGUUUUCUUGGAGAAACUCUACCUAGGAAGGGUUGUUGGAUCAGUUGUCAUCGUCUUUGGAGUAUACUUGGUACUAUGGGGUAAAAGCAAGGACAAGAUAGAGCAGCCUUCAACAAACGCUGGGUGUGCAGAGACUGUGGUAAAAGCUGACGAGCAGAUGGUUCGGACGCCUGAUAAUAACCAAGUACUACCCAUCUAUGACCAGUUAAUGAUCCCAAAGGCAGCGUUUCAGACUCAGUCAGUCUGAGAUGAUGAUUUUGUUACAGUAUCUCUCUAUAUAAUGCACAACAUUUUUGAUAGUAUCAAUAGUAUUGGUUUGCCAGAAUAAGAGCAAGCAAUACUCUGCCUAAAGUCCCAAAGAAGCUAAGUUUUUGGAGUAUACUUGCAGAAAUUUAGACACCUUAGUAAGAUAACCUAUUGUGGCAGCUUUCUGAUAACCUCCAUUUAUAA